AUGACCCAACAACCACCCCCAGCAGCCGGCUACGGUGGUGCGUCACUCCUCGACCUCUCACAAUACCCAACCGCUCAAGAAUUCGUCGCACGCUGCCACGAGUUCUUCCGCGAAGUCAAAGACCUCACACCCGGCGCAGCGCUCGAAUCGCGCCUGAACGCGGAAUACGGGCCGGGCAACGCCUACUACGAAGAUUUCUGCCGGUACAUGCGGGUCGGCCUGAAAGAGGGCUGGGUGGCACAGGACGAGCUGGACGGGCCACGGUAUCGAAGGGGGCGCAUCGCCGCUCCGAGCGCAGAGUCCAACUUCAUCUCCAUCACCACCGUGUACAUGGAGUCGCAGGACGCGUACCGCGGCCAGUACCACAAGCAUCCGUACGGGGAGAUCAACUGCGUCGUGCAGAUCGAUGACGGCGCCGAGUUGAUGGGCAUGCAGGGGUGGCAGGGCGCCGGGUGGACGAGUCCUGGGCCGGGAACGCAUCAUUAUCCCGAGGUUCGGGGUGGUGGGCUUGUCGCGCUGUUUUUCUUGCCAGCGGGCAGAAUCUCGUACGAUGCGAAGCCUGGAGAGGCGCAGCCUUUGAGUGUCUAG